AUGCCUUUCUACGCAAUAACUGGUGCUUCUAGAGGCACUGGGGACCUAGUCUCUUCUCGCAAAAAUCUCCACGUUCUGAACGCCGACAUCACGAACCCAGAGCAACUGCGAUGCGCGAGGUCCACCAUCUCGGACGCUACGGGAGGGUCCCUCGAUGUCCUAUUCCAAAAUGCAGGCUGGAAUACAGACGCAACCGCUGCCCUCUCGGCAUCCGCCGUGAGCGACGGGGACAAUCUUCCGAUGAUAAGAGCCGCAUUAGUCGACGCUAUCGAUCACAACGUCAUAGUUAGGCUAUCUGUCAUUAACAUCCUUCUCCCGUUAAUCCAUAGGGGAGCGGGCAAGAGGAUCGUCGUCCUGAGCACAGCACUGGCUGAUAUUGACGUGACUCUAAAAACGGGAAUGAGUCACCAUAUCCCGCACAGCUCUUCCAAAGCAGCCAUGAAUGUGGUACUUGCGAAACUGGCGAUCGAUCUGCAGAAGUAA